AUGCCUGGCCUACACCCCGGAUUUUCGAUACCAACCGUCCCAGGAGGCGGUAACCACACCCGGGCGUUCACCGACUCGGCACGUUCGCAGGCCGCUCACGAUGCUUGUCUCAAUGUCGCAAAGGCGCUUGCAUUCGUUGGCAUGCGCGUGAUCACGGACGCUGAAUUUUUGCAGCAGGUAAAAUAUGCCUUCGAGGAGCAAAAGAACAAUAGGGUGUGA